AUGACUCAAUCCGCGAAUACCGUUCCCACCAUUGAACUUACUGCUCUUGAAUCGACAUUAAAAUCACUCUUACUUGAUGUCGCAGAAUACAUACACGAGAAGAAUAUUGCAGAAGGCCGCCGCGAUACAGAGCCUACGGUUCUGCGAUUUACCGGAGGAUGGGUGCGGGACAAGCUCUUAGGGGUGGGUAGCAACGAUGUGGACGUCGGUAUCAACAACAUGACAGGGUAUCAGUUUGGUUUGCUCCUCAAGGAGUAUAUGGAUAGACCGGAAAACUUGGAGAAGUACCGACAGAAACAGCCCAAUGGAGAGCUGAAACAUGCAAUUGCUAGCCUACAUAAAAUCGAGGCGAACCCAGAGAAGUCCAAACACCUGGAGACAGUGACAACAAGGAUAUUCGGCUUGGAUAUUGAUCUCGUGAACUUACGAAAGGAGACCUACUCGGAAGACAGCCGAAACCCGCAGAUGGAAUUUGGCACAGCCCAGGAGGACGCGAUGCGCCGCGAUGCGACGAUCAAUGCGCUUUUUUAUAAUCUGAACGAGUCCAAGGUUGAGGAUUUGACUGAAAGAGGUCUGGAGGAUAUGCAGAAGAGGAUCAUUCGUACCCCGAUGGAACCCUAUCAAACCUUUCAGGACGACCCAUUGCGUGUGCUGCGCUUGAUUCGCUUUGCUAGCCGACUGGGUUACAAUAUCGAAGAGGAGACUCAGGAGGCUAUGCGAAAUGAACUUAUCGGGGAGGCUCUCAAGCUGAAGAUCAGCAGAGAACGGGUGGGCAAGGAGCUAGAAAAGAUGCUGCAAGGUCCUGAUCCCCGCGGUGCACUGCAAUUCAUUGACCACCUUGGACUAUACCCGACUAUUUUUGCCAACCACCAGGAUGAUGCGCAAGCAGAUACCUCGUCAUGGGCACUUGCAUACAAUGCGCUGGGGAGAAUUUUGAAACCUCAUGAUGAUGACCCCAUGAUUAUCAAGAAUGUUCGCGAUUUCCUCAUACGCGACAAACUUGAAUCCUACUACGCGUGGAUGAUUGCGGCAUUUGCUCCAUGGUCAAGUGUGCCAACCCGCGUUGCGAGGGGACCCAAAGCCAAACCUCUCCCGGCCCGGACCGCGGAAGUAGCUCGAGACAGUUUGAGAGCCGAUAACAAGACAAUCGCCGUCAUUGGCGAUGCGGCCCAUAAUUGGCAGGCCAUUACCGACAUCAAGAAUGCUGUCCUCGAGGGACGCAUGGAUGGAACUGCAGCAGAGGUGCGGCAGCAGGUCGGACUGCACAUCCGCUCAUGGAAGAAGGACUGGAGACUCUGUAUACUUCUUUCCAUUCUUCAAGGAAUUAUGCGAGGCGGCGAGUUUACCAGCGUUCUGGAAUCGUACGACCGCUUCCUCUCCUACAUCAAAGAGCAAGACCUACAGGAUGUGUUUGAACUGAAGCCACUCGCCAACGGCGGAGAGAUUGUAAAGGCUCUUGGUUGCAAGACUGGGCCCUGGAUGUCGAAAGCCUUGGAUAUGUCGAUCAAAUGGCAGCUGUUGCACCCGGAGGUUACCGACAAGGAACAGGUGCUAGAAGAGCUGUCCCGUAGAAAAGAAGAGCUAGGCAUCUCUACAUAG